GUUGCAGAGUCAUUGCGACCGUAAACAAGAGACAAUUCUGGAGUGAGCGGGGCCUCAACGUCCGCGCAGCGCGUCCCCGCAGAUAUUGAUAUUAAUAAUCCACGAAUGCGAGUCUUGUGUACACGCACAGUGUUUACAAAGGUCUCGACUUGCGGUUUAUAUAUAUUUAUAUAUUUUUAUUUUAUUUUGUUUACAGUCGGACACAGCUAGCUUCUGAAGCUAGCUUCUCGGUAACGUCACCUAGCCUUAGCUGUCGUUAGCCUCCCUGGCUGCCAAACAUCCGCGCGCCCGUGGCGGGGGGAGCACCCUUUAUGCCCCCGGGUUCGUCUUUCUCUACAGUGGCCAGGACUUCUUGAACCCUGGGUGGCUGGUCAGAGCGUCCUCCUCCCACCAUGGAGGCAGGAGGGAAGGACUGCGAGGAGGAGACACUGCAGACGGCGUUUAAGAAGCUCAGGGUGGACGCGGAGAGUUUACCCGGAGCUGUGAGCGUGUCGGAGGCGUUGGCUCCCAGAGCGGCUCCUCGGCCCGGUUCAGACGCCAACGGAGCCAAGACCAAGCUCAGCAGUCCGAAGGACAACUGGCACGGCUGUACGAGGAAAUCGUCCAGAGGAGCAGCGAGGACGCAGCGCCGCCGCAGGUCCAAGUCGCCCAUCCUUCACCCGCCGAAGUUCACAUACUGCAGCACCUCCACAGCCUCCGCUCUGUCGCCCUCCGGUGGCUGCCUGAAGCACCAGCGCCUGGCCACUCCCGAGCCUGCGGAGCCACGCCCUCCGCUCGACACAAGGUCCGCCUCUGCUAAGAAAGAGCUCCCGCCUUCAGGCAACUCCGGCCACGUCUCUCCCCUGGUUUUCGGAUCUUGUGCUGGUUUUGAGACACUAGUUGGCGCCGCGGUUUCCUCGCCAUCCUUGGAGAACCCCGGUGUCGCUUCUGUCGCGGGGGCAGGUGUCCAGUCGGGCAAGGAGGGCGAUUUGGAGAAAAGUGCCUGUGCCGGAGCAGCGUCAGGAUCACCGAGGCGCGCCGAGGCCGCCGACUUCAGAGCUUUGUCUGAGCUGCACUGCUCUGUAGGUGGCGCCAGCAUGCCGUGCUGCUGCUGCUGCUGCGCCCAGAAGAGCAGCCCUGACUCCCAGGAGCGCGUCCAGGGCGCCGACCAUCAGUGCCAGUGUCAGUCGCAUCCUCAGGGCUGGCACGGCGUGGAGGUUUACUCCUUCACGGGUCUCCGUGACGUCAUCUCGGAGUGCGAGCAGAGCCUGCCGAGCCACGGCGGCUCCGCCCCCAGAACUCCGAACAGUAACGCUGCCGCCUCGACGACAUCGUCGCCGCUCCCGUCGGGGUCGCCGCGCUCGUGUUCGGAGCAGGCGCGCGGCUACGUGGACGACAUCACAAUAGAGGACCUUUCUGGCUACAUGGAGUAUUAUCUGUACAUCCCCAAGAAGAUGUCGCACAUGGCUGAGAUGAUGUACACUUAGAAACGGGCGCGUCACCGCGGCUCGGGCAGGAAAGUCAAAUUUAAAUUAUAAGGACGUUAAAAAAGUGAUUUUUAUGCUGAUGUUUCCAUGGCCCCGCCCCCGUCUCGUCUCACUGAUACAAACAUGAAUCUGUUUUGACGUGACGCCACGUGGAUGGAUGAGUUUCUUGUUUGUUUUUUAAAUUUAAUUUAACUUUCUGUUGACAUGAAGUUGCCAAAGCAUCGAGCAGAACGUGUAAAGUCACGCGUGAACAUGUUUGUGAUGUCGGGAUUUAAUUUCCUUCAAAAAAGACACAAAAAAAAUAAAUGCUUUUGUUGGAAAACUCAA